AUGGAAGCAGGCGGGACAGGCGAGCAGGGUAAGCCAGAGACGGGGUCAGUCUGCAGCAGCCUCCAGCCUGAGAGCUGCCCAGCCGCUGGGACUCGGAUCUCCAUGGCCGCCAUGAGCGCUCAGCCCUACGGGAGCUUCUCUGGUGCAGGAGUGGGGAGACCAAGGCUUUCUUUGCAAGGACAGAGAGGCCACCCGCACUCCAGGCGCCGCCACCGCACCACCUUCAGUCCAACGCAGCUGGAGCAGCUGGAGUCGGCCUUCGGGAGGAACCAGUACCCUGACAUCUGGGCCCGAGAGGGCCUGGCCCGGGACACAGGCCUCAGCGAGGCCCGCAUCCAGGUCUGGUUCCAGAACCGCAGAGCUAAGAAGAGGAGGCAAGAGCGAUCACUGCUCCAGCCACUAGCUCAUCUGUCUCCAGCCAUUCCCUCUGGUUUCUUGCCUGAGGCCCCUGCCUGCUCCUACUCCUACCCAGCACCAUCUCCACCAGGGACCUGCUUUCCUCACCCCUACAACCAAGCCCUUCCCUCUCAGCCCUCUCCAGGUGGUUCCUUUGCUCGACCCCACCGAUCUGAAGACUGGUACCCGACCUUGCACCCAAACCCUGCUGCUCACCUGCCCUGCCCCCCACCCCCACCCCCACCCAUGCUUCCCCUCAGCCUUGAGCUACCCAAAUCCUGGAACUGA